CCCGCCCAGCGCCCCGCCCCUGCAGCGUAGAGGCUUCGGCUCCAUCACCGCCCCAUGGCUCCGUCCACGCCCCAUCGCCCCGCCUCUCCCGGGAGCCCUGUCUUCUGCCCUGCGCUGAGUGUCCGCGUCGCCCUCGCCGCAGUCGCGGGCACCCCGCUGGGCGUCGGUGCCUGAGGGAGGCCGCGAUGGCGGCCGAGGCCCUGGCGGCGGAGGCCGUGGCGUCGCGCCUGGAGCGGCAGGAGGAGGACAUCCGCUGGCUGUGGUCGGAGGUCCAGCGCCUGAGGGACGAGCAGCUGAACGCGCCCUACAGCUGCCAGGCGGAGGGGCCGUGCCUCACGCGGGAGGUGGCGCAGCUCCGGGCCGAGAACCGCGACCUGCGCCACCGCCUGUGCAGCCUGCGGCUGUGCCUCGCCGAGGAGCGGAGCCGCCAGGCCACGCUGGAGAGCGCGGAGGUGGCGGCGGCGCAGGAGGCCGGCGCACAGCCUCCUUCUAGUCAAAGCCAAGACAAGGACGUGAAAAAGAAGAAAAUGAAGGAAAGCGAGGCUGACAGCGAGGUGAAACAUCAACCAAUUUUCAUAAAAGAAAGAUUGAAGCUUUUUGAAAUACUGAAGAAAGACCAUCAGCUCUUACUUGCCAUUUAUGGAAAAAAGGGGGAUACAAGCAAUAUCAUCACAGUAAGAGUGGCUGAUGGGCAAACAGUGCAAGGGGAAGUCUGGAAAACAACGCCUUACCAAGUGGCUGCUGAAAUUAGUCAGGAACUGGCUGAAAGCACAGUAAUAGCCAAAGUCAAUGGUGAACUGUGGGACCUGGACCGCCCAUUGGAAGGGGACUCUUCUCUAGAGCUGCUUACAUUUGAUAAUGAGGAAGCUCAAGCUGUGUACUGGCACUCCAGUGCUCACAUUCUUGGGGAGGCCAUGGAGCUUUACUAUGGAGGCCACCUGUGCUACGGUCCGCCCAUUGAAAAUGGAUUUUAUUAUGACAUGUUCAUUGAAGACAGAGCAGUGUCCAGCACAGAACUGUCAGCCCUGGAGAAUAUAUGUAAAGCCAUCAUAAAAGAAAAGCAACCUUUUGAAAGACUAGAAGUCAGCAAGGAAAUCCUCCUGGGAAUGUUUAAGUACAAUAAAUUUAAAUGCCGCAUUCUGAAUGAGAAGGUUAACACUGCAACUACCACCGUGUACAGGUGCGGUCCAUUAAUUGACCUUUGCAAAGGUCCACAUGUAAGACACACUGGAAAAAUUAAAACCAUCAAAAUUUUUAAGAAUUCCUCAACAUAUUGGGAGGGCAAUCCCGAAAUGGAAACAUUGCAGAGGAUCUAUGGAAUAUCCUUUCCUGAUAACAAGAUGAUGAGAAACUGGGAAAAGUUCCAAGAGGAAGCAAAGAACCGAGAUCACAGGAAGAUUGGGAAGGAACAAGAACUUUUCUUUUUCCACGAUUUGAGUCCUGGAAGCUGUUUUUUCCUUCCCAGAGGAGCCUUCAUUUAUAAUACACUUACGGAUUUCAUACGAGAGGAAUAUCACAAACGGGACUUCACAGAGGUGCUCUCUCCCAAUAUGUACAACAGUAAACUCUGGGAAGCCUCGGGCCACUGGCAGCAUUACAGCGAGAACAUGUUUACCUUUGAGAUUGAAAAGGACACUUUUGCCCUCAAACCCAUGAAUUGUCCAGGGCACUGUCUAAUGUUUGCCCAUCGUCCACGAUCUUGGAGGGAAAUGCCUAUUAGAUUUGCUGAUUUUGGAGUUCUGCAUAGAAAUGAACUGUCGGGGACUCUCAGUGGCUUGACCAGAGUGAGGCGAUUCCAGCAGGAUGAUGCUCACAUCUUUUGCACAGUGGAGCAGAUUGAAGAAGAAAUAAAGGGGUGUUUGCAGUUUUUGCAAUCUGUUUACUCAACAUUUGGCUUCUCCUUUCAAUUAAACCUGUCAACAAGGCCGGAAAACUUCCUAGGAGAGAUUGAGAUGUGGAAUGAGGCUGAGAAGCAACUGCAGAACAGCUUGAUGGACUUCGGAGAACCGUGGAAAAUGAACCCAGGAGAUGGAGCAUUUUAUGGCCCUAAAAUUGACAUAAAAAUCAAGGAUGCUAUUGGCAGAUACCAUCAAUGUGCUACAAUUCAGCUGGACUUCCAACUGCCUAUUAGAUUUAAUCUCACAUAUGUUAGUAAGGAUGGGGAUGAUAAGAAGAGACCUGUGAUCAUUCAUCGAGCCAUUCUGGGAUCGGUGGAAAGAAUGAUAGCCAUUCUUUCAGAAAACUAUGGCGGAAAAUGGCCUUUCUGGCUAUCUCCUCGUCAGGUGAUGGUCAUCCCUGUGGGGCCAACUUGUGAAAAAUAUGCACUUCAGGUAUCCAGUGAAUUUUUUGAAGAAGGAUUUAUGGCUGACGUUGACUUAGAUCACAGUUGUACACUAAAUAAGAAAAUACGAAAUGCACAGCUGGCUCAGUAUAAUUUUAUUUUGGUGGUUGGAGAAAAGGAAAAGAUAGAUAAUGCUGUAAACGUGCGAACAAGAGACAACAAAAUUCAUGGAGAGAUUUUAGUAACUUCUGCCAUUGAUAAACUGAAGAAUCUCAAGAAGACACGGACACUCAAUGCUGAGGAGGACUUUUGAAGUCCUUCCCUGGAUAUUUGCUUCUGUGUAACUUUGUUUUGACGCUUAAAAAUGUAUUUUUCUUAACAUGUUAGUACUUCUGAGACUUUGGAGCCACUGAUGGGGGUCCAUUCACGGCCUCAGCUGAGAAAGGAGACAAUGAAUGUGUAGCUGACAUGUACAAAGUUUAAUUUAUUAAUGUCCACAGGGGACAUUUAGAGGGCACCAUGGGAAAUUUUCCAGCAAUCAGUGCCUUGAGAAACUUAAAUGGGGAAAUAUUAUUCAUUGAAAAAGUGAAACCAAACACUAGGAAAUGAUUAUGAAAUGAUAGUGAUUUUCAAAAGAUGGGCUUCAAAUAAAAGUCUGCAGAGUGUUUUUUUUUUAAAUAUGAGGGAAAAUCUUAUUUUCUAAUAUGUCUCAGGUAUUUUUAUGACUUUUACUAAAAUUCACACUGAAACUUUAUCUUCAAAAUUGGAAUCAUUACUUAAUUUUAACUAACCAACAACCACAAAAGCAGCAGCUACUACUAAGUAUUGGAUUACUGACAAAGGAAUUCAGUUUUGUGGAAUCUGUUUGCACUAUAGGUUAAGAGUUGCCAUUUAAAUGUUUCUUAUUCAUAAUUAGGUUUUGUUCCGCUUUAGAAAAAAAUAAAUUCCCAAAUGAAUUGCA